AUGCCUAGCCAAGUAUGCGGGGUUGUCCUCUCCUCUUUUUGUCUGUGCAGGAACGGAAUAUGUUACCUGCGCAGCCGUUUGCAGUGCUGCGUUAUGAGUGCAACGACUGUGGUCUGAACCAGACAACCAACUCGUCAAUGCCGAGAUUCGAUCGGGUCUUACGUCAAGCGAGCUAUGCGGCUGACGGCGGUCCACAAAACGCUAUCUUCUACAAUCUGCUUUCCUGCGAGAACGUCUUCAAUGUGUCCAACGCCAUAAACCUCUACUGCCGUACUGUUGAGUAUUGUGAGAACUGUGUGUCCUAUCUCAAUAUCGGGGGUGGAGGUGGAGGUGGACCAAUUAAUGCUGACGACGUCUAUAUUCGACGCGGUAACAAGUACUUCGACCGAUCGCAGUGCUUCAAAGUCCACGAUACGUACACAAACAGCGACGGGUUUGUGUUUGCCAACGUCACGAUUCCGGAGUUCAACAAGACUUCCUCCGGACUGUACUGCAACGUGUUCUACGACACCGCCAGUCGUGAAGGAAAGGCCGGUGUUCCCCUUCUCAACUAUGGUGAGCGUAGUUCCACCACGCCGUCCGGUGAAGACAGCGGUGCGUCAGUGCUGACGCUCUCCGCUCUCGGGUUCUUGCUGCUCAGCGUAUUGGCAAUCGCGGCCAUUAAUUGAAGGCCGUGCAUGCAGAUGCUCUCUGCUCUCGUCUCCUUGCUGCUCAGCGUAUUGGCAGUCGCGGCAAUUAAUUGAAGGCCGUGCAUGCUUACUCUCUCCGCUCUCGUCUCUUUGCUGCUUAGCGUUAUGGCAGCCGUGGCCACUAAUUGAAGGCCGUGUAUGCUGAUGCUCUCCGCUCUCAUCUCCCUGCUGCUCAGCGUAUUGGCAGUCGCCACCAUUAAUUGAAGGCCGUGUAUGCAGAUCCCUUGUCAGUACUCUUCCACACGCACUGGUUUUAAGCAUACCCCCCCCCCCCCCCCAUCCCGCCGUUCACACCAUUUAGCUGCCUCUGCCCUAUACACAUGUGCGUGGUUACUUUUUCAUGCCUUUCCGUUACCAGCAUCACUUUUGUGCGAAAUUCCUUUCGUCCCCUCUUUUGCAUUUUGUUUCUAGGGGUUGUUUAGACAUGCUGCCCCGGAGUCUGCUGAUCUGCUCUGCAUAUUAUUAGCCAUUGUUCUAGGCGAACUGAUUCUCUCUAGAUGCUGAGUUUCUUUUCACCAUGUUUAGCACUGCGCCUGUGUGGGGAGGGCCAAGCGGCAACAAAACCGCGAAUGCCUUCGGAUCUCUCCAAUUCGUUUGUAUAUAAUGAGCUCCGCUGGCGUUUAGUGUUCAUAUUGCUACUGAAGUACAUAGUACCUGUGGUUUACAGAAUGUACUCAGCAGUCUCUAGUUUUUGAUUUCGGUGUUCAAUUGCAUUCGUGUGUUUCAAUUUUCAAACCUUUAUUGAGACACUUCAAGGCGCGUCAACCUCGGUUA